UGUGCAACUGUCUUGGACACCAUAGUCGUCAAUAGAUAAGAAUACGCAGGGACGCCAGGCGAAGCACCACUUUUGCUUUGCCCAAGAUGAUGGUGCCGAAAUGGAGAUACUUAGCCGCAGCGGCUGGAAUGCUGUUCGGGCUUCACCUGCUCCUUUCAGUCACGUCAACGACAUACUCUCAUCAUACCUCCAUCACCAAGAUCCUUCCUAACGGCGUCAAGUCCUCAAACCCCACUGACGACUCUUCCUUAUAUCAUCCUAAUGCCGGCGUACCAGGCUGGGCAUCAGAGCAUACACCUUGGCUAGAGGGGAGCAUGGUCGUGCCCCCGUCAAGCAUCCCCAAGAACCAUACCGACCCCAACAGGCGUAAAGCAAAAGCGGUCUUCGUGGUACUGGCCAGGAACUCGGAUUUGUGGGCCUUGACGGAUAGUAUGAAGCAGAUGGAGGAUAGGUUCAACCACUGGGCGGGGUACGAUUGGGUGUUUUUGAACGAUGAGCCGUUUGACGACGUCUUCAAAAAGUUCACUCAGUCCCUGACCAACUCUAAAUGCUCGUACGGCCUCAUCGAGCCUCACGAGUGGCAUCAACCCGAUUGGAUCGACGAAGAGAGAGCGACGGCGGCGAGGGAAGAGAUGAUCAGGAAAAAGGUCAUCUACGGGCAUUCGGUGCCUUAUAGGAACAUGUGUCGGUACAAUUCGGGCUUCUUCUUCAGGCAUCCUCUUUUGGCCGAUUACGACUAUUACUGGAGGGUAGAACCGUCGGUCAAGUUUUUCUGUGAUAUCGCCUACGACCCCUUCCUCGUCAUGCAAGAUCAAGGCAAGGUCUACGGAUUCACGAUCUCCCUGUUCGAGUACAUCGAGACGAUCCCAUCUCUUUGGGACAGCGUCAAGGACUUUAUCAAGAAGUACCCUGAAUACAUUCCGGAAGGAAACGGGAUGAAGUUUUUGAGUGACGAUGGCGGCGAGACGUACAACAGGUGUCAUUUCUGGUCCAACUUUGAGAUCGGUGACCUGAAUUUCUGGCGAUCAGAGGCAUACAUGAAGUUCUUUGAACAUCUGGACGAGGCGGGUGGAUUCUACUACGAGCGAUGGGGAGACGCACCGGUCCAUUCGAUCGGAGCGGCGUUGUUUGCGAAAAAGGAACAGAUCCACUUUUUCGAGGAUAUUGGGUACAGGCACGAGCCUUUCCAGCAUUGUCCGCAAGGCGAAGCUCAUUCUCGAGGAAAGUGCUGGUGUGAUGUUAGCAACAACUUUGAUUGGGAGUGGUACUCUUGUACGAACAAGUACGUUGACAUGUUCAAGGAUGAGUGAGAAUUAGACAGUUUCGAAUAAGGGAAGGGGUCACGAGGGAGAAUGUCACGGCCGUCUCACUCUUUGACAAGCGCGACGGAAUAAAUAGUCGUCGUUCUCAUUCGUCUGGUCUGGAACCAGGAGAACAGAGAGCCAUCUUGUAUCAGCGACACAAAAAAGACAAGGCGCACGACGCUGAGGCAUCUAGAGACCACAAUGACGAUUCGCAUGCAGGUCCCUCCGUAUCAGAAGCUCUUAUUUACAAAGUCGGUCUUCGUUUGGCCUGAGAUUCCUCGCGCGCCGCCCAUCUGAUCUUCAGAUGUUGGAAC